AUGGAAACCGCGGGAGUAGAAAACCAUGCUUUUCACAUGGAUGAGCACGGAGAUGAAGAGGCUGUAGGGAAACACGGACACACGCAAAGCAGCGAGGAAGAUGAGGAGGAGAACCGGAACAACCCAACCUACUGCGUCACUGAUGUCCCCCCGUGGUAUCUGUGCAUCUUUUUAGCCCUUCAGCACUUUUUGACAGCGUUCGGGAGCAUCGUCUCCAUUCCCCUGCUGCUGUCGGAGGGGCUGUGUCUGCAGAAUGACCCGGUCACUCAGGGGCGCCUCAUCAACACCAUCUUCUUCGUGUCGGGGAUCUGCACCGUGCUGCAGGUCACGGUGGGGGUCAGACUGCCCAUCCUCCAGGGGGGUACCUUCGCCCUGGUGGCCCCUGCCAUGGCACUGCUGUCUCUGCCCGAGCUGGAGUGUCCGGCCUGGACGCAAAACUCCAGCCUCGUAAAUACGUCUUCUCCGGUGUUCAUGGAGGUGUGGCAGAGUCGUAUACAGAUGCUGCAGGGCUCCAUCAUGGUGGCCUCGCUGCUUCAGAUCGUGGUUGGAUUCUCCGGUCUGAUCGGGUUCCUCAUGAGGUUCAUUGGACCUUUGACCAUCGCGCCCACGGUCUCCCUGAUCGGCCUGUCGCUCUACGAUACAGCCGGACAGAAAGCAGGCAGCCACUGGGGCAUCUCUGUGCUAAGCACAGUGCUGAUCAUCCUCUUCUCGCAGUACCUGUGUCGGGUUCCUCUGCCCAUCCCCACCUUCAGCAGAGCAAAGAAACUCCACACUUCCAAGUUCUACAUCUUCCAGAUCAUGCCAAUUCUUCUGGGCAUAUCCCUCACGUGGCUGCUCUGUUACCUCUUCACCAUCUACGACGUCCUGCCCUCGGAUCCAAACGCUCACGGACACCUCGCUCGCACUGACGCCAAGGGUGACGUGAUCGGGAAAGCAGCCUGGUUCAACUUGCCGUAUCCUGGUCAGUGGGGCGUCCCGUCGGUCAGCCUGGCAGGGGUCCUGGGCAUGACGGCUGGUAUUGUGUGCUCCAUGGCAGAGUCUGUGGGUGACUACCACUCCUGUGCCCGACUCUCUGGAGCUCCUCCUCCCCCAAAACAUGCCAUCAACCGGGGCAUUGGUGUGGAGGGGCUGGGGUCUCUGCUGGCUGGAGCUUUUGGGACCGGUAAUGGGACCACUUCAUUCAGUGAGAAUAUCGCUGCUCUCGGGAUCACUAAGGUGGGCAGUCGAAUGGUGAUCCUCUUGACUGGAUUCGUCAUGAUUUUAAUAGGAAUGCUGGGAAAGAUUGGAGCCAUUUUUACGACCAUCCCCACCCCUGUGGUUGGAGGCAUGUUUUUAAUCAUGUUUGGAGUCAUAGGAGCGGCUGGCAUUUCUAAUCUUCAGUCGACUGACAUGAACUCGUCGAGGAAUAUAUUCAUUUUUGGGUUUUCGAUGUUCACCGCACUAACGGUUCCCAAUUGGACGUUGCCAAUAUCAUCCAGGACCAUGAUUUCUGGGGAUACAUCAUGGGAGCUAUCUGUUCAGGUGGACCUCAGGGAAGGAAAAAUGGAAUCUAUGAAACUUAAACUUCGGGUCAAAGGCGACUUACACAUUGGUGGUCUGAUGCUCAAACUGGUGGAAAAGAUAAAGGCUCCCCAGGACUGGUCCGAUCAUGCCCUGUGGUGGGAAGAAAGAAAAUGCUGGCUCCUUAAAACGCACUGGACCCUGGACAAGUUUGGCAUUCAGGCGGACGCUCACCUGCGCUACACACCUCAGCACAAGCCUCUGCUGCUGCAACUUCCCAACAUGAAGACCGUGCGUAUGACUGUGAGCUUCUCCAGUGUGGUCUUCAGAGCUGUGGCUGAAAUCUGCCAAAUACUCAACAUAAGAAGAUCAGAGGAACUGUCCCUGCUGAGGCUGCCUGAAGACAAGAAAAAAAAGAGGAAAGACAAGAACUCAGCACAGGAGGACCUCUGGGACAUCGACGUGCUCACUCAAGGGGCAGGAGGCUCAGGCCCUAUGUACAGUAAAACCAUGACGGCCACGUACGACCCUGAGAAUGGGAUGCCUCUUUCCGCCACGAGUCUCUGGUUUGGAGACAAUCCUCUGGCCGAAAGUCAGCCAAACCUGCCGCCCGCCGAACUGGCCAAAAUAUACCAACCGCUGUCCCUGGUGGAGAAGGCCAACAUCCACUCAGGUUGGCUCGACUCCUCUCGUUCUCUGAUGGAACAGGACGUCUUUGAAGAUGACAAGAUAUUGCUUCGCUUUAAGUACAACGUCUUCUUCGACCUUAACCCAAAAUACGAUGCAGUGAGGAUUACACAGCUCUACGAACAGGCUCGCUGGUCCAUUCUGCUCGAGGAGAUAGACUGCACUGAUGAAGAAAUGUUGAUGUUUGCUUCUCUCCAGUACCACAUUUGUAAACUGACCAUGACGAGCGAACCCCAGAUCAACUCAGACGAACCAGAGUUGGACGAGGUGGAAGCGGCUCUGUCCAAUCUGGAGGUGACGCUGGAGGGGGGACUUCCGGACAGGAUCCUGGAAGACAUCACAGACAUACCAGAGCUGGCUGACACACUCCGGCUCUUCAAGCCAAAAAGACUGACGCUCAGGCCGUACAAAGAUUACUGGUUUGUGUUCAAAGACACUACAAUCUCCUACUACAAGAAUAAAGAGACGUCGCAGGGAGAGCCUAUAGACCAACUGCAUUUACGAGGGUGUGAGGUGGUGCCAGACGUGAAUGUGACAGAUAAGAAGUUUGGGAUCAAGCUGCUGCUCCCAGUGGCUGAUGGGAUGAACGAAGUGUACAUCAGGUGUGAUAAUGAAACGCAGUAUGCCAAGUGGAAAGCCGCGUGCAUCCUAGCGUCCAAAGGAAAGACGAUGGCCUACAGCUCGUACAAGUCUGAAGUGAAGAAUAUCCAGUCUUUUUUACAAAUGAAGAGUCUAGCGCCACCUCCUGGACAAGAAACUCCUGACGUGGAGGCUAUGGACAUGAAUGCGGAAUGUUUCGUUUCGCCACGUUACGCCAAGAAGCACAAAACCAAACAGCUGGCCACUCGACUUUUGGAGGCUCAUCAAAACAUUGCUCGUCUGUCGCUGAUGGACGCCAAGAUGCGCUUCAUUCAGGCCUGGCAGUCGCUCCCAGAGUUUGGAAUCAACUACUACAUUGUUCGAUUUAAAGGCUGCAGGAAAGACGAAAUCCUGGGCAUCUCAUACAACCGCAUGAUUCGGAUCGACAUGUCCUCCGGUCUGCCCGUCACCACAUGGAGGUUUGCCAACAUGAAGCAGUGGAACGUCAACUGGGAAAUUAGACAGGUGACCAUAGAAUUUGACCAGAGCGUGACAAUAGCGUUCUGCUGCACAAGCUGCGACUGCAAAGUGGUCCACGAGUUCAUAGGAGGAUAUAUUUUCCUCUCCACAAGAUCCAAGGACCAGAAUGAAACUCUAGACGAAGAACUGUUCCAUAAACUAACUGGAGCCAUCCUGUGUUGCUACGGAAGUGAAGCUAACACGUGGGAGCAGGGGAGCAGCCGCAGCUUGUGUUUUGCUGCGUCUUUGCUCCAAACUUUGAAAAUCUGCCGUAUUAUGGCAGACAAUGGGGACGAGGACUCCCAGCACACAAUCAAAGAAGGAGACUACGUAGUGUUAAAAAGAGGAGAUAUCUUCAAAGCUGCGCAAAUUGUACCAAAAAGAAAGGUGAUUUUUGAAAAGCAGUGGUUCUUUCUUGAGAAGGCUGUGGGACAUUUGUACAACAGCACUUUUGAGAUCCAUGGUGGACAGCUGCAGAUCAAGAAGGUCAGCGAGACACAGAGUUCAAAUGAUUCAAAGGAAGUCGCUGGUGUUGAUAACAGAAAUAUUCUGGAUGAUGGAAAGUCCCAGAAGCUGACCAGAGAUGAUAUAGAGAUGCUCAAGGAGAAAGGUCUCAAAGGACAGGAGAUCGUCCAGCAGCUAAUAGAAAAUAGCUCCACUUUCAGAGACAAGACAGAAUAUGCACAGUACAAAUACAUCAAGAAGAAAAAGAAGAAGUAUGAAAACGGCGUAACCAUUUUGAAACCCUCCUGUCGCAUCUUGGCUUUAAUGUACCAUGGCAGAGAACCGGGAAAAAUCUGCCAUCUCCGAUACGACACACUGGCCCAGAUGUUGACUUUGGCAAACAUUCACGCCGGAAGCAAAAUUGUGGUCUUUGAAACGUGUGCCGGUUUAGUUCUGGGAGCAGUUAUGGAGAGGAUGGGAGGCUUCGGCUCGGUGGUUCAGAUGUUCCCGGGAGGAGGUCCGGUCCGUGCGGGGCUGGACAGUUUUGGCUUCCCUCCACAUUUUCACCACACACUGCAUGAGUUUCCCCUGAGCCGAGUCAACGCACUGCUCAGUGGAACUCUGGAGGCUGAAGGCAAAGUCCCAAAUGCUGAUGAACAGGCGUCUAAUACAGAGGGAGAGAAGCAGGGCCCAGAGCAGCAGGGCUCAGAGCAGCAGGGCCCAGAGCAGCAGGGCCCAGAGCAGCAGGGCCCAGAGCAGCAGGGCCCAGAGCAGCAGGGCCCAGAGCAGCAGGGCCCAGAGCAGCAGGGCCCAGAGCAGCAGGGCCCAGAGCAGCAGGGCCCAGAGCAGCAGGGCCCAGAGCAGCAGGGCCCAGAGCAGCAGGAGACAUGCAGUGCUGCUGACACAGAGCAGGACCCCGAAGAGCAGGAGAAGGACAAGCGCAGAGAAGCCAAAGAGCAGGAGAAGAAGCUGAGGUCUGAUGAGAAGCGUAAGAAGCUGCGUGCUGCUGCUGCGCUGCUCGAGGGAAGGAACGCUGAUGGGUUGGUCAUCGCCAGUCGAUUUCACCCAUGUCCCACCUUAAUGGGUCUCCUGCCGCUGCUCGCGCCCUCCAGGCCUUUUGUGGUGUACUCCCAGUACAAAGAGCCGCUUGUCGAGUGCUUCACUAAACUCAGGGAACAGGGAGACACAGUCAACCUCCAGCUCACCAACACCUGGCUCCGGCACUAUCAGGUGCUUCCCAAUCGGACACAUCCGUUGCUGUUGAUGAGUGGAGGCGGUGGCUAUCUCCUCUCCGGAAUCAAAGUUUGCUCUGGCCAAACCAAACCGGACUUAGCCAAACCAGACAGGUCUAAACCAGACCAGUCUAAAGCAGUCGGGUCCCAAAGCAACAGCGAGCCUCCUCCAAAGCGCCUGAAGACCAUGGACAGUGACGCAUGA